AUGACUGCUGCUGCUACAGAGUUGCAGUCUAUAUCUCCGAGCGGUCUGUUCGGAAAGUACUCGAAUACCGUGACCCCUAAAGAGGCAGAUACAAAUGGAUUUUUCCUCGUGGUAUCACCAUACACCUCGCUACCACAUCUUCUCGAUCUCACACGAUAUUCCGCAUCGAGUCAGCUCUUCACAAAGGCCUUGACCGUAUUGCAACCUGUUCGAGAAGAUUACGCGACAGCGGAGUACACAGAGACCUUCAACCUUCCUGAAGUCCUCGAUACUCUUAGAUCCCUUGCAAGAGCAGAAGGAUACACAUGGAAGAAGACAGAGUUCUACGUGGUCAGUUUUAGGUCGCAACUCAGCCCUACUGCCGAUCCAGAGCAAUUGUUCGACUUGGAUGCUUUCUCGCAUCAAGAAGCCAUGGCCAGCGGAGGGUUGUUGAAGUAUUGGUAUGGAGUGAAAGAUCAGAAUCGGCGAAACCUGGCGACUUGUAGGUGGCCUCGUCAGACUUGCAGAGGCUUGACUGACAAAGUUGCAGGUUUCUGGGAGAGUAAACAGCAUGCGAGGGAUGGAGGUAAGGGACCAUGGCACGCAAAGGCAAGAGCUGCCGCGGUGGUUUGGUACGAGAGUAUCGUGUUCAAGACGUAUAUUUUGACAAUUGGAGAUGGUGUUGAUAGCUGGGACAUCAAAGAGUUUGGGGAGAAAAGAGAAUGA